CUAUGUGCUAACGUUACUUUCACAAUUCACAUGGCAGAUGCAUGGAGUCAGACGACCACAGGAAUGGCAAACAGCAGUUGGACCUUUUCUGACGUGAGAAAUGUGAUCCUGUCGGCCCAUAAAAACACAGGGGCCCAAGAUAAGGUUGGCUUCUAUGAUACCUGGGCUGAAAACUAUGAGCAGGAUGUAGCGCUGCUGGAUUACCGUGCCCCCUUGUUGGCAGCUGAGUGUGUGAGCUCAUUUUUCAGAGGUGACAGAGAGAAGGCCGCUGUCCUGGAUGUGGCCUGUGGAACAGGCCUAGUCUCUGCGCAUCUGAAGAAAAUGGGGUUUCGUCAUUUUGUUGGAAUAGAUGGAAGUUUGAAGAUGCUGGAGUUGGCAAAGAAAACUGGACUUUAUCAGCAGCUUACGCAAUGCCUGCUCGGUCAAGAUGAAGUUCCUGUUAAAUCUGAAACACAUGAUAUUGUUAUAAUUGUUGGAGCUCUAAGCGUUGGGCACGUGCCUUUAACAGUCAUCAGAGAACUCUGGGAUGCUACAAAACCAGGUGGCUAUGUGUGCAUGACUACAAGAGGGAACCCUGAUAACCGGGAGUACAAGGCUGAGCUGGAGCAAAUGAUCAGAGCACUUGAAGAAGAGCAGAAAUGGAGCCGUGUGACUGUAGUUGAGGUGGAGGAGUGGGAGAAGGCCGUUUCAGAACAGGACAGCGGGUACAUUCCAGGCGCAAUUUAUUUGUAUCAGAAAGGUUUUAAAUGCAGUCCAUGAUUUUAGGACCACACAAGGGAAA